AAUUGCCCAUCAAAUUCUCAUUGCUCUCGAUUACUACUUCCAUACCCACUUGGAUAUUAUUAUUAUUAUUUUUAUUUUUUUUUGUGAUCAUGCUGCUGAUAAAGCAUGACAAGUCGUUUCAUAAUCUUUACGUGCUUAUUGUGCUUCUAUUGCUCAUGAAACUUGCUCCUGGGUUCAUUUCUGGAGUGAAAGGGGCAACUUUCGGGUGCAUAGAGAGGGAGAGACAAGCCCUUCUCAAGUUUAAAGAAGACCUUAUUGAUGACUUUGGUAUUCUUUCAACUUGGGGAAGUGAAGAAGAGAAGAGGGAUUGCUGCAAAUGGAGAGGAGUUGGAUGCAACAAUCGAACUGGUCAUGCUACUCGUCUUGAUCUUCACCGGGAGAAUUACGACCAAUAUUUAAGUGGUAAGAUUAGUAAUUCAUUACUGGAAUUGCAGUAUUUGAGUUACCUGAAUCUAAGUGGAGGCAAUUUUCAAGGGAAUAAUUUUCCAUAUUUUAUUGGGUCCCUGAAAAAUCUAAGAUACCUUGAUCUCUCCUCAAUUGAUGUUACUGGAACUCUCUCAAAUCAGCUUUGGAAUCUCUCAAGAUUACCGUAUCUUGAUCUUAGUGGUAAUAAUGAUGUUAAUUUUAAAAGUAUUGACUUCCUCUCUAAUCUUUUUUCUCUUAAAUAUCUUGACUUGAGUGGAGACAACCUCAGUCAAGCUACUGACUGGAUGGAAAUGGUUAACAAGGUCCCUUUUUUAGAAGUCUUACAGUUAAGUGAAUGUGAUCUUUCAAGUAGCAGUCCUCCCUCUCUUUCUUCUACAAAUUCUUCUAAAUCCCUAGCUGUCAUUGAUCUCUCUUACAACCGUAUUGCUUCUUCAACAUUCAAUUGGAUGGCCAACUUUAGUAACAGCCUUGUUGAUCUUCACCUCUCAAAUAACGAAUUACAGGGCUCAAUCCGAGAAGCUUUCGCAAACAUGACUUCUCUCAGGACUCUUGAUCUUUCCUCUAACCAAUUACAAGGAGAUUUGAGUUCAUUUCGGCAGAUGUGCAAUUUAAAUGAACUGUAUAUAAGCGGAAACAAUCUCACUGGAGAGCUGUCUCAGCUGUUUCAAGACGCGCAUGGAUGCGUGGAGAGCUCACUAGAGAUUCUAGAUCUAUAUGGAAAUCAACUUCAUGGUUCAGUGCCUGACAUCACAAGAUUCACCUCCUUGAGAGAGCUUGAUCUCUCUUGGAAUCAACUGAAUGGAUCUUUACCGCAACGAUUUAGUCAACGUUCUGAACUUGUUUCCUUGCACUUGAAUGACAACCAACUCACUGGAUCACUCACGGAUGUUACGAUGCUUUCAUCAUUGAGAGAGUUGUGGAUUGAAAACAAUCGAUUAGAUGGGAAUGUUUCUCAAAGUAUUGGAAGCCUAUCUCAGCUCGAGGAAUUGUUUGUCGGUGGAAAUUCAUUGCAAGGUGUGAUGUCUGAAGCUCACUUUUCAAAUCUCUCCAAA